AUGAAGGUCUCACUCACGCUCCUGGCCACGCUCUGCGCCUCGCUCGCCAGCGCCGGCGUCGUAAUCACCCCUGUCCACCAGGACCAAGUCGUCCCCGCGGCGCAGAAGGUUGCAGGAGACUGUUUCUUUGGAGUCGUUACCCCCCAAGGUUGCGCACCCUUGAGGACAUAA